GUUUCCCCUAGAACACCUACCUUCAUUGUCUAGUUGAAAAGUCACGUUGUGAGAAGAAUAAAAAAACGUUUUAAUUUAAAAAAAAUUAGUGUUCAGAAAUCUUAAAGUCCGAAAUUAGUGAGCAAAAUGAUGCAACCACAAAUUCUUUUACUAAAAGAAGGGACAGACACCUCUCAAGGAAAACCACAACUUAUAUCAAACAUAAAUGCCUGCCAGUCGGUAGUAGAUGCAGUAAGAACAACUUUAGGUCCUCGGGGUAUGGACAAACUUAUCGUAGACAAAAAAGGUAAAUCUACAAUUUCUAACGAUGGGGCUACCAUAAUGAAACUGCUGGAUAUCGUCCAUCCCGCCGCCAAGAGUUUAGUUGAUAUCGCAAAAUCUCAAGAUGCUGAAGUGGGCGAUGGCACUACCAGUGUGGUUCUCCUUGCUGGUGAAUUUUUAAAACAAAUUAAACCUUACGUUGAAGAAGGCGUCCAUCCGCGUAUCAUAAUUAAAGCAGUGAGAAGAUCACUACAGUUGUGUUUAGACAAAAUCAAUGAGCUUGCUAUUAAGAUUAACAAAGCAAAUGCAACUGAGUUUCACUCACUUUUACAAAAGUGCGCUGCUACUGCCAUGAGUUCGAAAUUAAUUCAUCAACAACGUGAUUUCUUUUCAAAGAUGGUUGUGGAUGCGGUGUUACACUUAGACGAAUUGUUGCCUUUGAAUAUGAUUGGUAUUAAGAAAGUUCAAGGGGGUGCUUUAGAAGAUUCAGUUCUUGUAGCUGGUGUGGCAUUUAAGAAAACUUUCUCGUAUGCAGGAUUUGAAAUGCAGCCUAAAGUUUAUAAUAACUGUAAGAUUGCUCUUCUCAAUAUUGAGCUUGAAUUGAAAGCUGAAAGAGAUAAUGCUGAAAUUAGAGUGGACAAUGUUAAAGAAUACCAGAAAAUUGUAGAUGCAGAAUGGAAUAUUCUGUACCAGAAGUUGCAGAAGAUACAUGAGUCAGGGGCCAAUGUUGUUUUAUCCAAGCUUCCAAUUGGUGAUGUUGCCACACAGUAUUUCGCUGAUCGGGACAUGUUCUGCGCCGGCCGCGUUCCCGAAGAAGACCUCAAACGCACCCUCAAAGCUUGCGGAGGCGCCGUCAUGACGACGGUGCACGACCUCAACGACUCCGUCUUGGGCAAAUGCGAAUACUUCGAAGAGAGACAAAUCGGUGGCGAACGCUUCAACUUCUUCAAAGGUUGUCCAAAUGCCAAAACUUGCACCAUGAUCCUGCGCGGCGGAGCCGAGCAAUUCCUCGAGGAAACCGAACGGUCACUCCACGACGCCAUCAUGAUCGUCCGAAGAACGAUCAAAAACGACGCCGUCGUCGCUGGAGGCGGCGCCAUCGAGAUGGAACUCUCCCGAAUGUUGCGCGACUACUCCAGGACCAUCGCUGGCAAAGAGCAGUUGCUGAUCGGAGCCAUCGCCAAGGCUCUGGAGAUUAUCCCCAGGCAGUUGUGUGACAACGCGGGAUUCGACGCCACGAAUAUUUUGAACAAGUUGAGGCAGAAGCAUGCGCAAAACCACUGCUGGUAUGGCGUGGACGUGAACAAGGAGGAUAUCAGCGAUAAUAUGGAAGCGUGUGUUUGGGAGCCAGCUAUUGUUAAGGUAAAUGCUUUGACGGCCGCCACCGAAGCGACUUGUUUGAUUUUGUCGGUUGACGAAACUAUUAAGAAUCAAAAGUCGGGAGAUGCUCCACCAGCAAUGGGGCGCGGAAUGGGGCGGCCAAUGUGAAAGGCAAGUAGGUAAACUCGUUUUCAAUUUUUAUUUUUUAACUUUGGCAUUAAUCUCACAUGUGUAGUAGAGUCAAAUAAGUUAUUUUGUAAUGUUGUGCUUAGUUGCAACACUGAUGCAUUAAUAAAUAAAAUCAUUUAACACCAAAA